AUGGCUGGUGUCAACACCAAACGCAAGUUCGGCUUCAUCUUUCCGAUGGCCUCGGGACACAUCAACCCAUCCUUGCCAGUGGCCCGAGCCCUUGUGGAAGAAGGGCACGAAGUCAAUUACCUGUGCAGGGAACAGAUGAAGGAGGCCAUUGAGGAUACCGGUGCCAUGUAUUACUCAGAGGUCGACGAGAUGCGUGAGUUGUAUGAGGUCAGGCAGCUGGACAUCAUGGGUUGCUUGACCGACCUCCAAAAGGAGUUCGGCUUGGAAGAGGACCCGCUUUUCAUUGCCAUGUUCAAAAUCAAGGAAAUCAUGUCGGAGAUGAUGCUGCCUGGUAUCCUGCGCUGGUUGCGAAAAACUGGGGCAGAGGCGGUUGUUGUUUGUCCAUUGAUGAACAAGGAGGCAUGCUGGGCUGCGCAGAUUAUUGGCAUUCCUUGCAUUGGAAUUUUGACCACGGCUGGGCCAGGAAGCCUUCGAUCGGCAAUGGUGGACUGGAUGGCAAAAAUGGGCUACACCCCUGAGCGCUGCCUGGAGGAGCGCCGAGCAUACCAACCCUUGAACGAAGCAAUUGAUCGCUUGCGUUCCAGCUAUAGCUUGGAGGUUACAGUUGACGAGGACAUGUCACCUCUCGGAAUGUGCGUAGUCGCCCAGAAGUCUGCACUGACACUUGUCACUACAGUUGAGUUUCUUGCAGACCCUGUGGCUCCGGAUGUUCAGCAAGUCUAUGAGGCGGACCAAACCGAAUUUGUUUUCGUUGGACCACUCCUGGAUAAAGCCGGAGCUAAGCGAGCAGCGGGACACAAGAUUCAACCGCAAGAGUCCGCGGAGGCAGUGAAGGUUGGUGAUGACGUGGAUCCUUUGACCUUGCUGCGCAAUGCCCGUGCAGCUGGUCGAAAGGUGGUUUUUGCCAGCAUGGGAACAGUUAUCACGGGAGAUAGUCCAGAAGUCGGCUGGGCCAACCGCAUCAAAAUGGAUGGUGUGCCUCAGGGCCUGUCAGGUCAAGAGUUGUGCCAAGCGGCCUGGGGUGCUCUUUUCGAUUGUCUCGGUGCCAAAGAAGAGGGCGACAAAGCAGCGCCGCUGUUGUUGGUGUCAGUCGGACCUCAGCAAGAUGCUCUAGAGAACAUCUCCGUCCCGGCGAACGCAUUCUGUUUGCCUGUCAUGCCACAAGUCGACAUUUUGAAAGAGGGUGUGGACAUGUUCUUGACGCACGGGGGCCAGAACAGCUUCAUGGAGUCUUUAAGCAUGGGAGUUCCGGUGGUCGUUUGCCCGGGCUUUGCAGAUCAACCUGUCAAUGCUGAGAAGGCCGUCCAGCUGGGCGUAGGCUUGCAGGUCGAACGUCCCAUUUGUGACGCGAGCGAUGCUACGCAGGUGGCUGCAAAGUAUCGACAGGAUGUGGCACAGGCCGUGGACAGGGUGUUCACAACCCCAGCAUUCAGGGCGACAGCCGAGGAGUGCGCUGCGCGGAUGCGAUCAGCAGGUGGUGUGCAGAGAGCCAAAGACCUGAUCCUCCAAGCAGUACAUGCGGAAGCAACCCGGGGCGACGAGCUGCUGCAUAUCUUGAUUCGCACUUUGUUCCGCGACCCGGAUCACGGCGUCGGACACCUGGAACAGGGCGAUAUGCUUUGCACGCUCCUCUACAAAAAGGAUCUUGUCACACGGCUUGCCCAGCCGGCCCCCAAGCUAUUCGGAGAGAGCUCCCAGGAGAAGAAUCCGCAUCUUCGAAACCUGCGACAGUCAGAGGCCUAUGCUGCGGCCCUAGAGGCACUCCAGGUGGUUUGUGAGCUUUUGGCCUUCGCAGUCGCGAAUCACAGCCGCCAUCCGAGACAACUCAUGUUCGAGCACAAUCUCGCCUACAAGGCAGCGGCUAUAGCUUUGGCUACGCCACACCGACACCUUCAGUUGGCACCUGUGCGACUGGUCAAAGCCAUGGUCAAAGCCGAGGAUCACAUGUACCUUCCCAACUUGCUGGAGGGUGGCGUGUUCGGCCUGCUCCUGGAGGGCAUUGCGCAAAGCAUUCGUCCGCCGCGACUGGGGGGUGGAGUCUUUGUCUCAGCGAUGUCAGAGCUUCUUGAAUUGAUCCGCAUGCAAAAUGCGAAGCCGCUAGUCACUGGACUCAUCCAGUCGUACAGAGGCGUUCUGGAAGCCCUGGCGCCCAAGGUGAAGGCUGCGGCAUCGCUCCUGCAGCGACAUGCAGAGAACGAGCAAGAGCAGGCGCAGCGUGCUGCUCGCCAGCACAAGAGGACGCUGCUGCGUCGAACGCGACAGUUCGCAGAUGAUCCAGGUGGUGUCGAGGAAGGCAAAACUGAGUUGGACAUUGCCGCGCAGGCCGCUGCCCCAACUGCGGAGCAGGUCCCUUUGCCAAUGGGGAUCAGGAUGGAGGCCAGCGAUGCUGCUGCUUUCGACAUGCCUCUCGUUGACCCCUUCUCCCAAGACUCCUCCACUGAAUCCAACGACUCGGACUCAUCGGACUCCUCUGACAUCUCAGAGGACGGCGAAUACGAGCAGCUGGAUGAUGAAGAGGAAGAAGAGGAGGAAGAGGAGAGCAGCACCGACGACGAAGAUUCUGAGGAGACUUUGCAAGUCCAGGCGGCCGCAGCCGCAGCCCUGGCAGCCGUGGCUUCCGAGACUGGCAUAUCGCUUGCUGGGCAAGAGGAGAGCUCGGCCCAAAACUCUCCGGGUAUGGCUGGAGCAGGUGCUACAUCCCUUGAACCCAGUCCGGGCGAGGUGGGCUUGGAGAACUGCAGCAUUGAAGAGCUCAAAGACAUGAUCACAAAAGAGAUGCGGGAGGCCAGUCCCCGAAAAGGCGACCGAGUUGCCUCGCAAGCUCAAGCCAAGGCUGCACCACCACCAAAGCCCCGGAAAGCAGGUGGACCUCAGGUUAUACCUCGCGCUGGUCAUGAUAAGAACUGGAGCCGGUACAGGCGGUUCCUUGCCGGCGCCGCAGCGAAAACGGCGGAAGUGCGUGCGCCUAAGGUGCAAGACGUCCAGGAGAGCAGUCAGCAUCCGGGAGGGACGUUGAGCCAUGCUCCAAAGAGGGCUAGGAUGGAAACACCAGCGCCAGUGCCCGCCUAG